AUAGGUGAGCAGCUCAAAUGUCUAGCAGAUGCUGUAAAUAAUCGUGAUUACCUCGCCGUCGAAAGAAUAAUUGUGGAACAGGAUCCUUUUGAGGUUCGCCGACUGAAAAUGGAAUCAUAUACCUCAGAGGAAGAACCAAAUAUAAUAGCUUCCUCAUCGAAAUCUAGACUCAUAGGGUGCCUAUGUGAACCUGAGGCUGACGCUAUUAACUGGAUGGAAAUAACAAAAGGAAAGCCAGCCAAAUGCUACUGUGGAAACUGGUUUAAACUUGUCGAUUUCGAAGAGUACCUUGCGCAACCAUGGAAGCCCAAAAACUGA